AUGGCGGGAGGCUCGGGGUGCCUUACUAUAUUUAUCGGUUCAAAACUGUAUCUUAAGUUCUGGCAAUAUGAUCUAGAACGAACAGUUUUGCUGAGAACGACAGCAGGAGAUAUAGAUAUAGAAUUAUGGUCAAAAGAAGCACCAAAAGCAUGUCGAAAUUUCAUCCAGCUUUGUAUGGAAGACCACUUACAUGUAUUUAAUAUUUACAAUAACACAAUAUUUCACAGAGUGGUACCUGGCUUUAUAGUGCAGGGAGGUGAUCCCACUGGUACUGGAUCAGGUGGAGAUUCAAUCUAUGGAGCUCCCUUCAAGGAUGAGUUCCACUCACGAUUGCGAUUUAAUCGAAGAGGACUUGUUGCCAUGGCAAAUGCUGGGCCCCAUGAUAAUGGGAGUCAAUUUUUCUUUACAUUGGGUCGUGCAGAUGAACUUAAUAACAAGCACACAAUCUUUGGAAAGGUUACAGGGGAUACAAUAUAUAACAUGUUACGCCUGGCUGAAGUAGAAGUUGACAAGGAAGAGCGACCUCUCAGUCCACACAAAAUAAGAAGCAGUGAGGUUUUGUUUAAUCCUUUUGAUGACAUUGUUCCAAGACCAAAUAGAAAGCUGAAGAAGGACAAGCCAGAAGAAGAAAUCAAAAAGUCCAAAGUGAAAGGCACAAAAAAUUUUAACCUGCUUUCCUUUGGGGAAGAGGCUGAAGAAGAAGAGGAGGAAGUCAAUAGAGUUAGUCAGAGCAUGAAGGGAAAAAGUAAAAGUAGUCAUGAUCUGCUGAAGGAUGAUCCACAUCUAAGCUCAGUUCCUGCUGUCAAAAGUGAAGCAGCAAGUGAAGAAAGGGAUUUGAGUGAGGAGGAAGAAGAACAUGAUGAAGAUGCUGAUAGUGUAGAAGGUGAAGCUGCUAGCAAUGAGAGAUUUGAAAUAAAAGAACGCAUUGCCAAGAAGUUGAAAAUUGAUACAAGUGAAAAUGUUAAACAGCAAAUGCAAGAGGAAGAAGCUAAGACAGAAAAGAAAACAACUAGUCGCAGUAACACAGUGAGACAGAAGAAUUGGGCAGAUUCUUGCAGUUGCACUGAUGCAGAAGACAGACUGUUAAAGACAAGAUGAUCGAUGUUACUCCUGUGAGGAAAACAGGAUAGUUCUUUUUCUGUAACCAAGCUACACAAAGCUGAUGUUAAGUACCUACAGAAAGAGUGCAUGAAAGUAGCUGGCUAGCAGCCAGCCUAGUACGGGGUUCAUUAUCAGGAAAAAAAUACAUUUUUGAGGAAAGAAAGCCUGCAAAAUAACUUGCGAACAAACUUUAAAAACAAAAACAACAAAAAAAAAACCAAACAAAAAGCAGGUGGAGGCAACCUACAUAAAAGAUGUAUUUACCCAGCUGUGGGACAUAAACACAUCAGCACAGCAGCUUCCAUGUAAGUGCGCAGUUCAUUUUUUUUCUUUAAUUGCUAUAUACAUUUUUUACAUGGAGUGUACUUCAAAAAUGCUUUGAACAUGCAAUUAGUAGUUCCAUGGUUUUACGGUUUUGUGAAUACUUUGAUCAUGUUAUGCAUACCAAAACCCAGUAAACCAUUAUUGAUUUUUAAGGGCUUGUAUUAUACACAGUUAAAAAAAAAAAAAAAGCUUACCAGGUUUUAACUUGGAGAUUUCCUAUUAAUGCUUUCUAUUAUAGUAAUCACUUUGCUAUAUCACUUGGAAACAGCAUUGGCUGUUAGGCAAAUCCCUGUUGAGGGCAAAUCCUGAAGCAGGGAAAUUCUUUGGGAAGUAAUGAGUUACAAGAAACUUUCUGCAUGUAUUGCUUUCUUUGUUAUUAAAAUUCUGUUUAACAGAGUUUGGUUUUACUAAUUGUGAAAUUUCCUGCAAUAUAAAUGUCAAUAAUAUAAAUCAUUAUUUGUAUUUCUACUUUUUGUUCUUCUCAGACUGAUUUUAAUCAAAAUGUGCUAUGAUUCAUGAUUGUUUAGUCGUUUCUGAGAAGAGAUAUGCAAGUGAGAUUAUGCUUUUAUACAGGGCACUUAAAAAUAUGUAUAAUAUUUUACUGGUGAAACCAUUACAGGCCUGUAGUCUGUUUAUUAAUACAUUACUUCAUAAUACCGUGAACACUGUUUUCUUCACCUAAAUUAUAUGAAAUAUGAACACUGGCCUUGUCUUGGAAAUCAGCAUUCUAAGGAUGUGAUGGUGCAAGUAGUAAACUCAUUUAGGGCAUGUUUUGGAAGGCAUUUAUAUAGAACAUUAAUUGGGUACUUGCAGAGUAGUAGACUUAUAGAUAAGUAGUACUGUUUUGUUCCUGGUUUUGUCUUCCAAUGGCUGUAACCUCCCAAAAUGGUAGAACUUGAGAAUUCUCUUUUUAUUCUCUAGAAAUAUUAAUUGCUUUAUAACCUCAUGAAAAUAGCUGUCUAGCUUUUAUUUUCUAGCUUUUCUUUACAAACUGCAUUGUUUAUUUAUUUUUUCUUCUUUGAAGAACUUAGAACCCCUACUAAGGGAUAGACCUCAAAAAGAGCCAGUUAUCCAUUUGAACUUUUUAAUGCAUUUUGAGUACUAAUCUGUCUAAAAAUCUGUUUGGAAAGUAUCUGUGCAUCUUCUGGUAUCUCUUGCAUUCCAUUCAGUUUAGAAAUACAAUUGAAUAUGCACUGUAUGUUAAGAAUUUAACUGAUAGGGUGCAACUGCAAGAUUAAUUACAUUGAGUAGCUGUAGUUGACAUUUUAAUUUAAGCUAAUAUGCUUUAUUUUGUAUUUGUGAUUGCCUGCAUGUAUAUACGGUUAUAACUGGUCAGUGGGCACAAGGUCACUUCUAAAGCUUUGGUAUCUACUCAGCUCUGGGAGUGUAAAAUAGCAUGUUACUUACAGAAGUUUUAAAAGAACAACAGAAAUGAUUGAGGAUGCUGAAAGGAAGGGGGAAUCAGAACAUUUCAACUGGAUAUCAGCAAUAUUUCCCAAAUUAAGAAGCAUAACGAAAUUAUUGUUUCAGAUGUUUAAACUAAGAGUUCAAAAAAUUGCUAUCUGUCCUGUAGAAAAGAUAAACUAAGUAACCUAGUUGCAUUUUCUUCCUCCAGUUUUAAAAAUCGUUUGCUACAAAUUUUGAAGUAUCCCUUUUUAGUUGGUGCAAAAAUCAGUUAAACAUUUGUCAUGUCAUUCUUCACAGUGAAAUUUCAGCCAGGACUGUUAUGACCAGGAUAUUAAUUCCACAAAAUUUUUUAAAGGAAACUGUGAAUAUAGCCAUGCACUGGCUUUAAUUAGCUUUGUUUGCAUGUCUGUGAGUUUCAUGUUACUACUUAGUUCUUACCAUUGACUAUCUGUACUUUUAACUAUUUUUCCCAGAUGUUUUUUCUUACACAUUUCAAGACAGAGUUCAUUUCUGCCCAUAUUUUAUUUUUUAUGUGUCUGUUAAUGCAUUUCUGUUUUCUUACUGGAGAUAACAAUUAUUUAGUGUCUGCAGAUUUUAUUAAUGUGCUGUUUACAGUCUGAUUCAUAAUUUAGCUAAGACAGUUCACCCAUCUCUAAUAGUGAAGAAACACAGGGUGAUGAGCAAUACCAAAAAAUUCAAAACACAGAUGAUCACUGAAAAGUAAGAUUUGUGGUACUAAAAGCAUGGUGGACUGUGUAAAAACCAGAAGAGCAAAUCAAGUAUUUCUGAAGUAAUCUGGCCACAUGGAACAAGCUUAUCUCAUGUGUGUUGCAUCAGUAUAACUCCAUCUCAGUCACAAUGUGAAAUGAAACACUUUUUACAUGAAUGGUAUUUAGUCUGAGCAUAAAUGUAAUUCAGUUUGUGGAAGUGCAAUGCAUCUGUAUUAGCAGACACACAAUUAUUUUAACAAAAAAAAAAAAAAAAAAAUUUUGCUAGCAGAUGGUGUCCAACAAAGACCACUAUUGUUUCAGUGUGAGAUGCUUCAAAUGUUCUGGGCAUUUAGCCCAGACAGAGCCAUUUUUCCUAUAGUAUGUGACCAGGCAAUAACAAAAAGAAUGAAAAUAGAGAUGUCAGUCCAUAUAAAAAUAUUUUUAUAAUUUAAUAUAUCUAACAAGUCAGUGGCAAUUAUUAAACCAAGUUAAAUUAACAAAACUGAUAAGAUCAUUCGUUUUACAUUUUCAUGUCUCUCCAAACAGUUAUUUGGCUUUCUACCUUCUAGGAAAAAUGGGUUUGGAAAGUUAAGCUACCUGCUGGUACUGUUUAAAUGCCCACAGAUAACAUAACUCAAGCUGCCUGGUGCCUGAAAGUGAGUGUUAGGGCAAUCAACAGGAACAAUAAAAAUCUGUUCAAACAGAAAAUCCACAAAUCCCAAGGAUUUGGAGCCUCCCUAUGGAUUUUCCACAAAUUUUGCUGUUUUCAGCAGAAUCUAAGCUUUUAUUUUAAAGGUGAACUGCAAAGCUGAAAAGAAAAUUGAGUUAAUAAAAUAUGUGCUGAAUCCCCUGCUCUCCUUUUGCAGCCUCCUAACUGGGGCCGUCUGCACAUAUGUUUUAAGUUUUUCUUUUUAUAAAAAAAAAAGCAACAACAAACUCCCUCUUUGAAUAUCAUCUCAUACUUGUUAACUUCAAGAAUAAACUUCCAUUCUUCUCAAUAGUCUGUUAAAUCUGAGGUGUUGCUUAAAUCCAUGAAUUUGUUUUCUUCAAGUUAAAUGACUGCCAUCCCUCAACUUCAUCUUAUCCACUUUCUUUGUCUGUAUUUAACUCUUUAGAAUGUUAACUCUUAAGCAUACAGAUGUAUUUUUCCACUUAUACCUGACAUCUUUUUUUAAGAAGAAAGAUUUUGGGGAAAAUGCAAGGAUUGUACAGAUAUAAAAUAAGCUUAGGAAAAAAAUUUGGCACAAAUAGCUUGAAGGAGGAGUGAGUAUUGAUUUUAGUUUACAACCAUCAAAGUAUUUUUGGUUUUAAAACGUAAAAAUCAGAUAAACUCUCACAAUUAUUGUGAGAAUUUGAUUUGUAGUAACUUAGGAGCCAGGAGAGAGUUUUAUAUAAUAUAUUUUAACUGGCAUUCCUUAUUUGAGAAUAUUUAGUGAUAAUCAUUAGUAGUUCAGUGAAAUAGGAUUUUACUGGCUAAUCAACAAAUGAAAAACAGAUCCCAAAAUGCUGAUAGUGAUAGAAGAGGAGUAACCAAUACUCCUGUUAGUAUCUAUGAAUUUUUAAGUAAAAAACCCUAAACUACUGUACAUGUAUUAUUUUUUAUUUUUUUAUGCAUGCACUUCAUGAUAGAAAGGAGAAAUACUAUUAAAAAACCUUUUAAAAAAAAAAAAAAAGAGUAGUGUUGAAGAUUAUGGGAUCUAUUCUCUGUGUUCCAGUGACCUUUGUUAUUCUAGCAGUGAAUAACAAGUGCAAUGUAAAAACUGAAACAGAAGAUGCACCCUAGUAAAGAGUAUUGGCAAAAUUUUUUAUUUUCUAUUGUUCCAGUAAGACUAUUUCUUGCUAUGAACUCUUCAUCUUUUUCCUCAUAAUAUUCUUUUUCUUCAUUGAUCUUGACUGGCAAUAAAUGUUCUUUGCCAGCAAUUUUAGUAAGAAAAUGAAAACUUUUAAAAAGGAAAGUGCAUCUUUUGAUUUUUAAAUCCAGAUAUUAUCAUUAUUGCAAUUGUCUGUCUGACUACUUAAGCACUGAGUUACUGGUUUGCUGGUAGACUUUAAUAUUUUCAGCUGAUUAAAUAGAUGUAAAUUCAAAGCAGCUUAGAGAUAACAUAUAGUUUGAUGCUGAGAGCUUUUUGCACAAGUAGACUCCUAUCAACUCCGAGAAUUUCUCGCAAAACAAAGUUCACCCUUAACAUUAAAUAUGUAAUGAAAAACACCGUUGAAAGCAUUGCUUACAAUGCCAUGGGCCUAUUGUGUUCCUCAGGGAGGGAUGCACUAGUCCAGUUACUUUUUGUUUCUUAACCCAAAUGAGCACUGAAUUCAGCAGGUCAUUGAAGUAUUUCAUCAGUGUUACAGCUGAGCUGGUUUUCUUGUCUGUUUAAUGGAACUUGUCUGUACUAAGAAUAAUUUGCAUUACUUUAUAGACUGUAAAAGAUGUUGACGUUGUAUGAGGAAUGUUAUGUAGGAUGUUGAUAGUAUGAAGGUAUAUUAUGUAGUAUAUUAUUUAAGCAACAGUACACAGUUGCAUUAUCCAGAAGAUUAUUUUUUUAAAUCAAGCACUAUAUUUACACAUGAUGAAGAUAUUACUUUACUUACACAUGAUGAAGAUAUUACUUUACUUACAUAAAUAAAUACAAACAAAAAUGUUUGUAUUUGACAAAUAAUUGCCCUCUACAGCACUGAUCAAAUUAAUUUCAGCGGAACUGUUCUUUUGAUACUAAAAGUGAAGAUUAUCUAUGUCAGUUUAAAUAUACAAUUUAGGCAAUUUUUAUAAUAAUUAGACUAGUAAGGAUGAAAAUGUAAUUGACUGAAACCUAAAAAGGUUAAAAUUGCAGGAUACUUGCUGAUUGAAGCAGUUGUACCUGGGAUAAAAUGCAUGUCAACUUGCACCUGUCUUACAAAUGUUCAAAUAUAAGCUUAACUUUACUUGCAUGCUUACAGCUAAUUGUUUGGAAGUGUUUCGGCCUCAAUAUUUUAAGUCUAUGUAAUACACAAUUAAUAGUGUUACCAAUUUUUUUUAGCAUUUUGUUUCAUUUUGAGAUACAGGUAUAAUAAAUUAAACUGUACUUUGAAUAGCACAGUGGAAUUAUUUACAUGUAAAGCAAAGUACG